AUGGACCACUCCUCCCGGAAAAGGAGGCAGGAGCUUCUCGGCUGUGGGGUUGGCUCUCUUAAGCAAAGAAGCGGCCCAUGUGACAGACGUGGCAAGAUUGUGGUUGCUGAAGCUGAACUGAUUCAAUCUGAUCUGGUAAGUGAAGAACGUGAGGAUGGGGUGAAUGUUAAAAAUGGUAUGAAUGUUGAAUAUGGUAUUGAUGUUGAAAAUGGUAUGAAUGUUGAAGAUGGAGUGAAUGUGGAUGGAGAAGUCAAUCCGGUUAGUGGUCCACUGGAGCCAGUCAUUGGUAUGUUAUUUGACGAUGUGGAAGAUGCCAAAACAUUUUAUAAGGCAUAUGCAAGACGAAAAAGUUUUGCAAUUCGGACGAAUCAUACUCGGUUGUCGAAAGAUAAGAAAAAAUUAUGUGCAGUAGACUAUGUUUGUACAAGGGAAAGAUUUCGGCGAGUAACUCGGAAAGCAAAAGAACGAACUAUGCCUGAACUUGUUGAGACUAAGAUUGGAUGUAAAGCUUUGAUGGGUAUAAAAAAAGAUGGUGAAAAGUGGAUAGUCAACAAGUUUGUGCUUGGGCAUAACCAUGUUCUACUUACACCGAGAAGUGCUAGUUUUCUCCGUGGACAUAGGAGAGUUACUAACGUUCAAAAAAAACUUAUAAUGACUUUGAAUGAGUCCGGUAUACCGACAAAGAAGAUUAUGUCAGUGUUGAGUAAAGAAUCAGGGGGUGACUUCAAUGUUGGUUGUAUUGGGAAUGAUGUCGAAAAUUACUUGGGAAACAAAAGGAGAAAAAAAUUUGAAGAGGGGGAUGUGCAACGGUUAUACUCCUAUUUUUUGGAACGACAACUCAAAGAACCUGGAUUUGUGUUCUCCAUGCAAAUAGAUAAGGAUGGGUGUAUGGGAAGUUGUUUUUGGGCUGAUGCUCGUUCAAGAGCGACAUACCAACAUUUUGGAGAUGUUAUCACGUUUGAUGCCACCUACUUGACCAACAUUUAUAAAAUGCCAUUUGUGCCGUUUUCAGGAGUUAACCAUCAUCAUCAGACCAUUAUGUUUGGUUGUGCUUUGUUAGUUAAUGAAACAACCGAAUCAUAUAUAUGA